ACCCUGAACAUGUUUGCAUCAACCUACUGAUGAUGCACCUUUGAUCAAUAGAUUUUAGACAAAAGUGUUUUUUGAGUCCAAAGAUCAGGGCUGGGUUGACCUGCAGGCUGGUUACAGGGUGUAUAAAACUGGCAAGACGCAGGCUGAUAGCAGAGUUAUCACCACCACGUCUGCAAGGGCUCAGCUGACGGCUUCCUGAGGGGCCAGGGAGUAAGCAUGGAGGAAGGCAUGAACGUCCUUCAUGACUUUGGGAUCCAGUCAACACACUACCUCCAGGUGAAUUACAAGGACUCCCAGGAUUGGUUCAUCCUGGUCUCUGUGAUCGCAGACCUCAGGAAUGCCUUCUAUGUCCUCUUCCCCAUCUGGUUCCAUCUUCGAGAAGCUGUGGGCAUCCAACUCCUCUGGGUAGCUGUGAUUGGAGACUGGCUCAACCUCAUCUUUAAGUGGAUUCUCUUUGGGCAGCGCCCGUACUGGUGGGUCCUGGACACGGACUACUACAGCAGUACCUCUGCACCACUGAUCAAGCAGUUCCCUGUCACCUGUGAGACUGGACCAGGGAGUCCCUCCGGUCAUGCCAUGGGUACAGCAGGCGUUUACUAUGUGAUGGUCACAUCCACCCUCUCUAUCUUUCGGGGAAAGAAAAAGCCCACCUUCGGAUUUAGGUGUUUGAACGUCAUUUUGUGGUUGGGAUUCUGGGCCGUGCAGCUGAACGUCUGUCUGUCACGAAUCUACCUUGCUGCUCAUUUUCCCCAUCAGGUGGUGGCUGGAGUCUUGUCAGGCAUUGCUGUUGCUGAAACUUUCCGCCACAUCCAGGGCAUCUACCACGCCAGUCUCAAGAAGUAUUUCCUCAUUACCUUCUUCCUGUUCAGCUUUGCCAUUGGAUUUUACCUGCUGCUGAAGGGGCUGGGCGUAGACCUCCUGUGGACGCUAGAGAAAGCCAAGAGGUGGUGUGAGCGGCCAGAAUGGGUUCACAUUGACACCACGCCCUUUGCCAGCCUCCUGAAGAACCUGGGGACCCUCUUCGGCCUGGGGCUGGCUCUCAACUCCAGCAUGUACAGGGAGAGCUGCAAGGGCCAACUCAGCAAGUCGGUCUCGUUCCGCCUCGGCUGCAUCGUGGCCUCCCUCAUCCUCCUGCACCUCUUUGACUCUUUGAAACCCCCAUCCCAAGUCGAGAUGAUCUUUUACGUCCUGUCCUUCUGCAAAAGUGCAGCAGUGCCCCUGGCAUCUGUCAGUCUCAUCCCCUGGUGCCUUGCCCGGAUCCUGGGCCAGUCAGACAAGAAGUCUUUGUAAGGAAGGUGGAAACUUCAGUAUUUAAAGUCAAUGACUGAGCCGAGGAUUGAGGGCAACCGGCGUCUCCCGCCAGCCCACUUGACGACAGAAGUGCCUGAGUCAGCUUGAGCGACCCCCUUCCUCCUAUGCAAUUCUAAUUGUAUUGGGGGAUGUUUUUUUUUUGAAAAACUAGUAAGGGUAUUUGAGAAAGCCUUGUCUGUUAGAAGUCGGGUAGUUCUGGGUUUUUCCCUGAAGACUUACUCAUUCUUCUGUCAGAUACACAAAAGUCAGACUUCCAGGUAGGGGGACAGCUCACGGUCCCAGGCUGGGAAUCCCACCUGAGAAUGCUCUACCCAGGCUCAUUCUGAUCCAGAAAAGGAGAAAAGAGAAGUGGAUUUGAUAGGAAAGGAAGGAUGGAUUAAGGAGGACUUUUUAGCAUCUUGAAUAUCAUGCAAAUUAUGUCAAACAAUACCUAAAUGGCUUUGGUUGUACUUAAACCUUUAGGUGAGGGACUCUCAAUAGUGGGGGACCAACCUGAAGUGUAAUUAAUAGGUGGUUAGUGGGGUAAUUCUGCAUCUUGUAUUUUUCUAUUAUGUAGCUGUGGUCAUUGUAUUGACCAGGAUUUCUGAGUGGCUGCAGUGACCUAGAUUUGUACGAAGUCAGAGCAUUCAGGCAUAUUCAAGCUUCUCCUCUGUCACCCUAGAUCUUCCUCCUUAUUAGCCUAGCUCUGCUUUCCCCAAAUUUUCCACUGGCUCCACACCCGCCCUGCUGGAGACUCAGAUGCCUAAAGGUGACUCUGUGGUGGAGCUUUUUCUGUUUCAGCUAAGCCCUGAAAUCUUGGGCAAAAGGGUGAGGAGAGGCAAGGAUUCCCCCCUCCAGAAGGUCACUCCAAUGUUACUUUUGAUUCCUGCGGGUACCCAUGACUCCUUUCUCUACCCCACGCCAACCAAGAGCACAUUCCUGGAGGGAAAGCCUCCUUGCCUGUCCUCCAGUGUCAGCUGGUUUGCAGAAUAUGUCCUAAAAAAAAAAAUGCUGAAGUCUAUUUAUUUGAGAGUCCUUGUUGUUGCUACUAAUUAUGUAGUUCGCCAUAUAUUAUCAUUCACACCAACCUUCCUGGUCAUAACAUCUUUGAAAAGAAAAAUAUAUAUGUGCAGUAUUUUAUUAAAAACAACAUUUUAUUUAAGAAUGAAGUCUUGUUGAUUACUACAUUUUAGAUGCAAUGAGAUCUGAAGGUUCUAAUUCUGGCUCAGCUAAAUUUCUAGCUCUUUCCUUUAUUUCCCUAAACAAAUAAUUUAGUUUCUGUGUACCUAUGUUUUCCCCUUCGAGAAAAAAAAAAAGUGCUUUCUCUUGAGUUGGCCAGGAGCCCCAGUAGAGUUAGGGAGACUUAUGAAGUGUCCAUGGGCCACAGGUAGAGUUGAGCACAACACAGGCACAAUAUCAUUGGCUAAGACUGAACAUUCCUUACCAGACCACAGGUCAGCAGGAGUUGCUCUAUGGGUCAAACCACCACUUGAGGGCAGACAGGCAGGGUCAUUACCAAACUAAACAGGAAAUGUAAGUUGUAGCAGGAGAACGAGACUGGGCAGACUGGAAUGCAUGACCCUGGUCAGCAAGGUUUGGGGUUAUAGUUAAAGAAAGUCUGAACAGGACAGGUCAUGGCACCAAGAAGCACUCAAGGGAGCUAUUGCAAGUUUCUCUACGGAGUGAUUUCUUUCACCCUGGAUGUCCUGAGGCUGAGAUCUGCUCACUCACCUCAGAACUUUGAAAUGUGUUUAUUUAGGGGAAGUUGAGUUCCCCUCCUGGAUUUGUUUGUUUAUUUGUUUGAACCAGGCCCUAGGAGACUGUAAUGGUCUCACCAAGGGAGAAGGGAAAUGGUCUUGUUAUGUCUGAACUGAACCCCACUGCUUAGGCAGAGACCUCAUCCUUGAUGACUUAUUUGUUCUCAGGGGCCCAGUCCAGGUUCCUUGCAAUGGGAUUCUGGCAGAAAGUAAAUAGUGCCCCUACCCCAACAGUUGGUGAAGUUGAUAAAGAUCGUGAUAGCAGAUAAAAUUUUAUCGAGUACUUACUAUAUGCCAGACUCUGUUCUAUGCAUUUUAUCUAUUUAUACAAUUAACUCACUUAAUUCUCCAGACAUCUCUGUGCUAUAAUUUACCCUCAUAUGACAUAUAAAUA